AUGCCAUCCACCGCCUGCCUGAUCAACUUGUCUCGCGCGCAAAGCAAGUUGGUCUCGGAGGGCCUCCCAGCUCACCACAGCGACUGGAAGCUCGCCGCCCAGCUCUUCGGGGCCGCCGCCGACCGCGGUAACCUCGAGGCAUCCUUCCAGAUGGCUUGGUUUGCGCUGAUCGGCCAGGAAAUUCCUCAGAGCGAUCACUAUGCCUUCUGGUUCUGGGAGGAAGUCAGUAGCAGGUCCACCGAUCCCGUUCUCAAGCCCAUUGCCACGCACAUGGUCGGGUGGAUGUACUACUUCGGCCGGGGCACACAACAAGAUCAGCAGAAGGGCAUCAAGAUCAUCCGAGAUAAUGAAUCGGAUGGGUUCAAGUUUGGAGAGGCCGAGUGUCUGGCAAGGUGGAAUACGGCCUCAUCUGACUCGCCCGCGUCCUGCAAGUUCUUCUCGCUGUGCCAGCUGGGAUCGGACCGCGAUUGGCUGUGUAAGCAUCUUAUGGGUGUCUGUUUAUCUCUUGGAUUCGGUACCGCAAAAGACGAGAAGAAGGCAGCGGGCAUCUUUGAGCAACUCGCCACCGACGGCCACAGUGAUAGUCAGUACUGGGUUGGCGAGUACCUUUACCGUAGCGGAAAGGUAUCGAGUGACUACAAGAAGGCAUUCGAGUGGUACUACAAGUCAGCCGACCAAGGCAACUCUUACGGCCAGUGGAAGGUUGGUCGCUACUACUGGAACGCAAUUGGGGCUCCUCGGAACAACGCCAAGGCAAUCGAGUGGCUCCGCAAGUCGGCUGAGCAGGGCAAUCGAUAUGGACAGUAUGAUCUCGGCGACUGCUACGAAAGUGGUGAAGGCGUUCCCAAGGACAUUGGUACCGCCAUUUACUGGUAUCGCAAGUCCGCGGACCAAGGUCAUGAAUAUGCCAUUCGUAACCUCAAGGAACUCGGCAAAUGAACCUGAAUUCCGAGGCACUCCCAUGUCCCAUAUCCAAGCACCCAUGUCGCAAUCAUGACCCUGCAAACAGAACGGUCAAGCAAACUGUACCGCGAGCACUCACUCCACACACCACGGUGCCACACAAUUGACUCGCAAGGCGGUUCCGUUGAAGCGGUGGUGAAUGAGUUGUGUCGUAUUGACAUCCAAUACAUUCAAUACAUCCAAUACAUUCAAUUCACCCAAUACAUUCAACACAUACAUCC